CUUAGGCUGUCCAGGCUUAGGGCUUGAAAAUGAAGGCCCUUUUACCAUUAUUCUUUCUGGCUUUUAUUAGUUCUCCAGGUUGGGCAAAAGAUAGGCACUACAGUAUAGGCAUCAAAGAAACCACUUGGAACUACGCUCCUACUGGUAAAAAUAUGCUCAAUGGGAAGCCUUUUUCAGAAGAUCAAGAGUUUCAUUCCCACAUAUAUCUACAACGAAGCCAAGACAGGAUAGGAUCUGUCUAUAAAAAGGCUUUGUAUUUUCAGUAUACCAAUGACACAUUUCAAACAAUCAUUGAAAAGCCAUCCUGGCUGGGAUUUUUAGGUCCAAUAAUUAAGGCAGAGACUGGAGACGUGAUUUACGUUCACGUAAAAAAUUUUGCUUCAAGAAUAUAUAGUUUCCAUCCUCAUGGACUCACCUACACUAAAGACAAUGAAGGCGCUCUCUAUCCUGAUAACACGACGGACAAGCAAAAGGAAGACGACCGUCUGCAGCCAGGGGCACGAUACACUUACAAGUGGUAUGUAGAAGAAAAUCAGGGGCCUGGACCCAAUGACAGUAAUUGCGUGACAAGGAUUUACCACUCCCAUGUAGACACUCCAAAAGACGUGGCUUCGGGUCUCAUUGGACCAAUUCUGACUUGCAAAAGAGGCACGCUGGAUGGAGACAUGGAAAAAAAUAUCGACAGAUCUUAUGUUUUGCUGUUUUCUCUAACUGAUGAAAACAAAAGCUGGUAUAUCAAUGACAAUAUUAAUACAUAUACUGAAUCCGGCAAAGUUAAUGCCAGUGAUCCUGACUUCAAGGAGAGCAACCUCAUGCCCUCGGUAAAUGGAUAUAUGUACGGAAAUCUGCCCAAUCUCACCAUGUGUGCUGAGGACAGGGUCAAGUGGCAUUUUGUUGGCAUGGGUGGUGUGUUGGACACACACUCCAUCUAUCUGCACGGACAAACUCUGAUAUCUCGGAAUCACAGAAAGGACACCAUUACCGUCUUCCCUGCCUCGCUGGAAGAAGCCUUCAUGGUAGCCAAAGGCCCUGGAGAGUGGAAGCUGAGAUGUCAAAUACAUGAGAGUAUACAGGCCUUUUUCAACGUAAGGAAUUGUCAAAAAUGUUCAACACACACUACUGCGACACAUGUUGUAUAUUACUAUAUUGCUGCUGAAAAAAUUAUUUGGAACUAUGCUCCCUCUGGUGUAGACUCCUUCACUAAAAAAAAUUUAACAGCAGCUGGAAGUGAAUCUCAGCUGUAUUUUGAAAAAAGCCCAACUAGAAUUGGAGGAACUUACAAAAAACUAGUUUACCGUGAAUACACGGAUGCUUCCUUCCAAACACAGAAGGCGAGAGAAAAGCACCUUGGAAUCCUUGGCCCUAUUAUUAAGGCAGAAGUGGGACAGAUCAUCAAGAUCACUUUUUAUAACAAGGCUUCCGUGCCACUCAGCAUUCACCCUCAUGGACUACGUUACAACAAGAACAACGAGGGCUCAUUCUACAAAACCCCUGGAAGACGUACUCCUCCACCCUCCUCACAUGUAAAUCCUGGCAGGACAUUUGUCUAUACGUGGGAAAUUCCAAGAGACGUGGGUCCUACCUCCACGGAUCCCAACUGCCUGACCUGGUUAUACUAUUCCUCAGUAAAUAUGACAAGAGAUGUCAACAGUGGCCUUGUAGGGCCUCUCCUCGUGUGCAGAAAUGGAACUCUUGGAAAGAAUGGCAAACAGAAAGGAAAAGACAAAGAGUUUUACCUGCUUGCCACGAUUUUUAAUGAAAAUGAAAAUUAUCUCUUGGAUGAAAAUAUCAAAACAUUUAUCAAAAAGCCUGAAAAUGUGGAUAAAAAGGAUCCAGACUUCCAAAAGUCCAACAAGAUGUACUCCAUAAACGGAUACAUGUAUGGAAAUCUGCCUGGAUUGGAUAUGUGCUUAGGAGACAACGUUUCAUGGCACGUUCUUAGUGUGGGAUCCGUAAAAGACUUACAUGGGAUAUAUUUUUCAGGAAAUACCUUUACUUCCUUAGGAUCAAGGGACGACACCAUAGCUCUGUUUCCCCACACCUCCCAGACACUUUUUAUGACACCCGAUUCCAUAGGAACUUUUGAUGUGGUUUGUAUGACGACAGAGCACUAUGAAGGAGGCAUGAAACAUAAAUAUCACGUGAGGCAAUGUGCGGAGUCAAACCCUGAUCAAACACAGUAUGAGGAAGCGAAAACCAUUUAUAUCGCUGCGGAGGAAAUUGUGUGGGAUUAUUCUCCUAGCAGGAAGUGGGAGAAACGACUGCAGCAUUUACAAGGAGAGAAUAAAACGAGCAUAUAUUUGGAUAGAAUUGGAACGUAUCUUGGGUCCAAAUACAAGAAAGUCAUAUACCGUCAGUAUGAUGAUAUCACGUUCAAGAAUCUAACACAAAGAAAUGAAGAUGAAAAACAUCUGGACAUACUAGGUCCUUUAAUAUUUCUCACUCCUGGUCAAAAAAUCAGAAUUAUCUUUAAAAAUAAAGCCUCAAGACCAUAUUCAAUUCAUGCUCAUGGAGUGAAAACAAGCUAUUCCACUGUUGUUCCAACACAGCCAGGAGAGCUCCAAACAUACAUUUGGCAGAUUCCUGAGAGAGCUGGUCCUGCCUCAAACGACUUUGAGUGCAUACCUUGGUUUUACUAUUCGACCGUGGAUGUGAUUAAGGAUCUGAACAGUGGACUGGUAGGCCCUUUGAUCGUAUGUCGCAAAAACACCAAAGCCAGCAUAGUUCACCGUGUGCUCCACUUUAUGAUUUUUAAUGAGAACAAAUCCUGGUACUUUGAAGAAAAUGUCAAUACCUAUUCUUCAGCUCCGAACAACAUAGACAGGAAUGAUGAACAGUUUGACCUCAGCAACCAAAUGCACGCAAUUAACGGAAGAAUGUUUGGAAAUAACCAAGGUCUGACGUUCCACGUUGGGGAUGAAGUGAAUUGGUACCUGAUUGGCAUGGGGGGUGAAUUUGACCUGCACACUGUUCACUUUCAUGGCCACAGCUUUGAAUACACGGAUAUGGGACUGUAUCGCUCUGACGUUUAUGACCUUCCUCCUGGAGUAUAUCAGACUGUAAAAAUGUAUCCAAGAGAUGUUGGAACCUGGUUAUUUCAUUGCCAUGUUAGUGUUCACAUUGAGGGUGGAAUGGAAAGCACUUACACUGUAAUUGAAUGAAAAGAGCACAAAUAUCUUUCUGAUGUGAAUGUUGACAAGUCCAUGAGCAGAGGGAAAGUUGCUGAAGAAGAAAACCAAGGAUGAAGGAAUUUAGGAGGGCCUGGCUAAAGACUUUCAUGGCAAUCUCCCAGGAAAACUAGUUUGAAAUAAAGUUUUGUUUUUGUUUU